AUGAGCCGCGCGCGGGGCGCGCUGUGCCGGGGCUGCCUCGCCGCGGCCGCCGCCCUGGCCGCGCUGCUGCUGCUGCCGCUGCCGCUGCCCCGCGCGCCCGCCCCGGCCCCGGCGCCCGCCCCGGCCCCGGCCCGCCGCCCCGGCCCGCCCGCCGCGCCCCGCCUGCGGCCCGACGACGUCUUCAUCGCGGUCAAGACCACGCGGCGGAACCACGGGCCGCGCCUCGCGCUGCUGCUGCGCACCUGGAUCUCCCGCGCCCGCCGGCAGACGUUCAUCUUCACCGACGGGGACGACCCCGAGCUGCGGCUGCAGGGAGGGAGCCACGUGGUCAACACCAACUGCUCGGCUGUGCGCACCCGCCAGGCGCUGUGCUGCAAGAUGUCGGUGGAGUACGACAAGUUCAUCGAGUCAGGGCGCAAGUGGUUCUGCCACGUGGACGAUGACAACUACGUGAACCCCCGGGGUUUGCUGCAGCUGCUGUCCGCCUUCUCCCCCAGCCAGGACGUGUACUUGGGGCGGCCCAGCCUGGACCACCCCAUUGAGGCCACCGAGCGGGUCCAGGGAGGUGGAACCGUGACCACCGUCAAGUUUUGGUUCGCGACUGGGGGUGCUGGUUUCUGCCUGAGCCGGGGCCUCGCCCUCAAGAUGAGCCCUUGGGCCAGCAUGGGCAGCUUCAUGAGCACGGCAGAGCGGGUGCGGCUGCCGGACGACUGCACCGUGGGCUACAUCGUGGAGGGGCUGCUGGGCGCCCACCUGCGGCCCAGCGCGCUCUUCCACUCCCAUCUGGAGAACCUGCGGCGCCUGCCGCCCGACAGCGUGCCUCAGCAGGUCACACUGAGCUACGGGGGUCCAGAGAACCCCCAGAACGUGGUGAACGUGGCCGGAGGCUUCAGCCUGCAGCAGGACCCCACGCGGUUCAAGUCUGUCCACUGCCUGCUCUACCCCGACACGGACUGGUGUCCUGCAAGGCAGCAGGCCCACCGCGCCUCCCAAGGACCCUCAGCCCGCCCAGGGCCGGCUCUGCCAUAGGGAGACACCCAGCCCACGCCGGCCUCCGCCCACCAUGCACCACGCUGGAGGAGCAGGUGUGGGGCCUUCCCCACACCCUGCCGUUUGCUGGGAAUAAAGGGGGGGCUGGCAUGGGGCCUGUCCUCAUUCCGCUCAGAGGGCCCACUGAGGGGGUGCCCUGUCCGGCCCUGAACUGGAAGGAGAAUGCUGGGGUCCGCAGGCCCGAAGCCCGCCCGAGGAGGACCAGGGAGUAGUCCUGAGGUGGGCAGAAACCCCCACCGCCAUGAGGGGUGCUGGGCGGGGCGCCGGUGAAGGGCGGUCCCCCUGUCACAAGAGGCCGCCUCCCAGCCAGGUCAUCCACCCUGGAAACGGGGCCUGGGCUCACCGCACCUCUGGGCGUCUAAGCCCCCACCCCGCUCUGCUGGGGAGCCCCACCUAUGCCCAGUGCCGUGCCCCCCCUGUCUGCGCCUGCGCAGGUGCGGAGCCUUCAAGGGCAGCGGCCCUGGGGAGGGCGGGCAGACCCAGGGCAGGCACCCGCGGGUCACUGGCAGGGCAGGCUCCCGAAGCCAACUGUGCGGGGCGGUGCCGGUGGGCACAGAUAUCCUUAGCGGGGAGGUGCUGCGGACCCGUGCCGCUCGCGGACAGCUUGGGGGUGCCUGCCCGCUGGGGCGUCUCCCCCAGAACCGACCCCCGCGGAAGCGCAGACGGGCAGGGGCUGGGCCGGGGCUCUCAACGGCAGGGAAAGAGAACCUUCCAGAAUGCUGGUUUAGGCCCCUUGACCUCUCUGCAGGCUGGGGGGAGGGUGGGGGGUGUCUCCCCCCGGGAGUGCCGGCCCGGCCCACUUGCUUAGCGUCCCAGGACCGCGGUCGAGCUGGGCCCGCGCUGGGCGCGCGCCUCUGAGUGCAGCCGAGUUCGGACGGGCGCUUCCAGGCUGGGCUCUGGCUGUGCGAGCAGGUCUCAGCAAGGACUUUUGAAAGUCAACACCGAUGAAACUCUGCAUUGGAGCAGCCCUAUGUUUGUACCGGAGUUUGAAUUUAUUAAAAACAUUCCGGGUCUCCCUGUGGCCUGGGGUCAGUCUCAGGCUCUCUCUGCCGUAGCCUGAGUGCAUCCCCGGCCAGGGAGCGACCCACACGGCGCAGCAGACCCUUCCCGUCUCCCCACUGCUCCCCUCGGCGGUGGUUUCCAGUGGAUCCGCCUGUUCUGCUCCCCGCUCUGUCUCUGGGGAGUCCUCUGGCCUGCACCCCAGCUCUUGUAUGCAGAAGUAAACCUUUCUUAAAAAAUAAACUACGCUAUUUAAAAAACACCCGGCCUCCCUACUGCACUAUGAAGCUGCAGUCUCUGCAGCACGAGUUCGAUCCCCGGCUGGCCAGAGAGAACAGGGCGCAGCAGACCUCUCCUGUCUCGCCCACUGCUCCCCUCAGCAGUGGAUUUUGUCUGGCUGUUCUGUCUCUGGGGAGUCCUUGCAUCCCCCAUACCUCUGGCCUGUACCCCAGAUCUUGUAUGCAUAAAUAAGUACCUUAAAAUCUUAAAAAAAAAAAAAAAUAGAAAAUUGAAAGAACGGGGUGGAGAACUGGAGACCGAAAUCCAGCACGUAGCCCUAGUCAGCACCCCCAAAAAAUACAAUGCCCAGAGGUGAGCCACACAGCAAGGGCAAAGCCUCCCCGUGGGAGCGAGACAGUCACCUUGGCACCCUGCCCGGCCCCGCUGCCACCUGACCCAGCCCCGGUGCCCUCUGCUGCUGACAUGAUAUGCCCACCCCAGGGCACCCGAAAGCGUGGAGCCGUGCAGAUGGGGGACUACCUUCCUCCCAGCUACGUGGGUCAUCGGGAAGCAAGAGUCACGCAGCGGCACUCACACACGGGCCCCUGCUGGGC